AUGAAUGAAAAUUAUCCAUUACCAAAUUUAAUUGGAAAAAAUGAUAAAGGUGUAAGUUACUUUCCAAUGGUUAAUGGUUUAAAAAUGCAUUUUAGAUGUUAUAAAAAUCAAGAUCCAAAUUUUUCAAAGGGUGAAAUUGCAAUUUUUGAUUCCGGAUUUCCUUUCUUUUCUUCCGCAUAUGGUAAUGUUAUUGAAUUAAUGUCAAAAAAAGAAGUAAUGUCUGCAAUGGGUAUCGAGAGUGCAUGUUUCUUUGAUAGAUAUGGUUAUGGAUGGUCAGAUCUUUCACCUGAACCACUUGGCGUUGAAAAUUUUGUUUCAAUGCUAAAACAAUCCAUUGAUUUAAUACCAUUUUUAAAAAAUAAAAGAUUUUUUUAUGUUGGUUGGUCAUAUGGUGGUUUAAAUGCUCAAAUGUUUUCUAUGAAAUAUCCACAAUUAAUAAAAGGUAUAUUAACUAUUGAUAGUUCAUUUAGAAAUUAUAUCGAUCCUUUAUUCAAUAGUCAACUUGAAAAUCAAAUUCAACAAUUAGAAUCAGUAAUUAGUUUACCAAAUGAUAUGUUUAAAUUAAUAUGUGGUCAGGGUAUGUUAACUCAAGAUCAAGGUUGGUUUACAAAUAAUUCGAAAUUAAUAUUUCCAUCAAUUGAAAUUACUCAAAAAAUUAUUACAAACCCAAAUCAAAAUAUGUUAAAAGCUUUACAUCAAGAAUUGUCUACAUUAACAUCAAGUUCUCAAAGAUUAGAUGAAUUAUUUAAUUCUUCAUCAAUUCCAAAUAAUCCAUUAGGUAAUUUACCAAUGGUGGUUGUUUCAAAUUCUAAUGAUACAGAAUCUUGGGUUUCAAGACAACAUCAAUUAUCAAAAUUAUCAAAAAACUCUUUUCAAUUUUCAAUUUAUUCAACUCAUUUUAUUCCAAUAAUAAAACCUGAAGUUGUAAUUGUUCAAUUAAGUAAUUUAAUUUUAAGAUCAACUUUAAAAAUUCCUUUUUGUAAUUAA